AUGGCUCCGCGAAGAAGCCAUCCCCGAACCCAAAAUUCGGCUCGCUCUAGGGGCUCUUUUGGUAGCCAGUCCAAAGAGCUACGUCGAACAUCCGUCAGCGUCUCUCCUAAGGGGGACCUCAAAUGCUGCUCCUCAUUCCAUGACAUCAGCAAUUUCUGCCUUUUCCUCACUAUCGUCGCCUUAAUUGGCGCAGCCUCUGCCACAUUCCUCAUCCCCAUCGUACACGUUCGCACCUUUCUUCUCGACGUCACACCAACUAAGCUAAAGGCCAUUCGUGAAGGCACGUUGAACACAUUUGAGGUGAAACUCAUGCAUGAAAGUUGGCCGGUCUUCAAUUACCCCCAUGGCGCAGAUUUAAUUUCAAACUUAGUGAAGAAUGUUGAGGGUCUUAUAGCGGAAACGUCUGAAGCUAGAGAGAUUGUUUUCAGAGAAAGACGCAGACUGUCAGUCAAUUGGCGUGACUGUUUCACCUACUACCCAAUUGUUAUGGGUCUUCUUAUCUUCUCGAUCUCUGCGCAGGUCUUCUUUCGUUUGCAUCCCUUCUGGCGAAACGCCUCUCCCAUUACUCCUCUCUUCUGUCUCGCAAUUUUUCACACAUCCAUAAGUAAGUGA